ACCUCUCCGCGACGUUUCACGUUGUCGCUGUCACAGUAACACCUGCCAGCUUCCUUUUUCAUCGCCGCCACCCAGCCCUAAUCGGUAACAACGCUUGUAAACAGAUCCUCUGACGCGCCUGCUCUCUCAGAACGCUUGAGAGAGCGGAGCGUUUGCGCUCAGAGUUAUCUAUCACUGCCUUCCGGACAGUCCUGAGAGGCUUCACGGGCUGCACCUCAUAGCCCGAUAAACCCUACAAGGACGCGCCUUUCUGUUUAUUGGAGGUAUUUUAAGGAGCAAACGAAUGAUGUAUCUUUUUAAAAAUAUAUAUUUUGCUUUUUAAAUGAAACGAAGACGAGCCUGGACUUCCAUCUGCGUUCUUUUACGGGAAGUACUCAUUUGACAGGGGACAAAAAACGGAUUAACUGGAAAACUUCAGCUGGAUUUCUGUGGAUGGCAUUUUGACACCUUAGGCUAAUAAAAAAACUGGAGUGACCUGUUCUUUCGCCAAACUUCUAAAAGUGCUUCACAGAAGAUGAGGAACUAAUUAGGACUUGCCACAAAUUAAUGUAGCCUCUUCCUGGGAUGCACUUCCACCUGUGUUGAGGCUGUUAAACCAUAGACAGUGAAACGCAUGAUUUUUACAUGAAGCUUCUGAUGGAAAGAGCAGCAGAUGAUGAGUAAAGAAGCUGAACAAGAAAUCUGCAGUCAUCUGUUCUGUCAACUAUCUGCUAAAACUACCAACAGCCCUCUUCCAAGUUGAAUUAACCCUUUCCACUCAGCUGUGAUCUAACCUACUCCUAAAGAAAGCUUGAUUUCACAGUGGAAGCAGGUUGUCUCUGACAUAAAGAGAUGAAACGAGAACGUUUUAAGCCCCCAGAACCAGAUGACCCUCUGUGCUGCUGUGGAGACAUCGACCAGCAAAGAGAGUACUGCUGCUGUGACUGUGAAGAACUUGAUGAUGCCUGUGAAAGGUUACUUAGAGGAGAGCCAGACAAGCCAGACAUCUUCUCUCAUUUCAUCUCUCGUAUGGCUGAUCGUUUGGGUUUGCCAUCUUGUGCCAUAGGACCCCUUCGUUUGGAAAUAUCUGUCUUGCCUCCGAUGGUAUUAAUUCCUGGCCUGCUGCGAGUGGCAGCAAUGAACUGUGUGUUGGGAGUUGUAGUUCUAACUGCCCUGCCAGGACUGGUGCUUUGGUAUUACUAUGUGACUCACAGAAGGAAAAGACGCACAUUGUUUUUCCUUAGCUUAGCACUUUUCUCCCUUGCCUACAUGUACUACCUUUUCCUUACUGAGAUCGUUCCCAGAGGAGACGUCAGUAAUCUGCAGCUGGUUACUGCGACGACAGGCAUGAUGUUGACGCUUAUCUCCCUUGUGCGCACCAAACAAGGACCAGGCCUUGUCAAAUCCCAAUCAUUAGCUCAGGGAAUUAACAGUAUCUCUACAACCAAUCAGAGCACAAACAUACCUGGAGACUCUACCCCCUGCAAUGGAAACAGCCAGUCAAAUGGGGAAAAGGAAGGAAAGAAGAAGUUAUGUCCUGUUUGCCGAUUGGUGCGCCCACCAAGGGCAGGGCACUGCAGGAUCUGUGGAGCUUGUGUCCUUCGAAUGGACCACCAUUGUGUUUGGAUAAACAGCUGUGUAGGUCAAGCCAAUCACAGGCAGUUCAUUUUGAUGCUCCUUCUCUUCCUGCUGACAUCGUUCUACGGGAUCGGUUUGGUGUUACGGAGUAUAUGUCCAAGACAGAAUCUAUUCACAGCCAUGUUAUACUGCCCUGGAGUCUAUAACCAAUACAGCACAGCGCUGUGCUUUACAUGUGUGUGGUACAGCGUUAUCAUAACAGGCGGUCUGCUCCACCUGUUCAUCCUUCAGAUCAUCAAUGUCAGUUACAACGUAACAGAACGCGAAGCUCAGAUCGCUUUGCGCAACAAAACUGGCAGACGGCGCUUCUGUGGCCUGGUUGUGGAGACUGGCGUCUAUUCACGAGGCUUCCUCCAGAAUUGGAUUCAGUUCCUCACAAUGAGCAUGGAUGAGAACGGUUCCCCUUUCACCUUCACAGACAUGCAGACGGCAUCACACGUCCUGUGUAGCACAACCAUGAGGAUUGGACAAAGUAAUUCUUUUCUUUUGCCUGAACAGCACUGGAUCCAUCUGUUGAUAUUCUUUAUAACCCUUAUAACAGGGGCCUUUACAGAUGACGAUGUGAUAAGAGCUCUGUUGGGUGGGAGUGCGUCUUUUAACUUUAAGGUUACAGCAGACAUGAAAGUAACCCUAGCUGUAUGGAAAAAGUGUCCAAAUCAGAAAGUUUUUGUGUUCAGCCCCAUCCAUGGACUUACUAUAGUUGACAAAAACUAUACUGGUCGUCUUUCCGUAAAAUCUAACCACAGCAUUAUACUGGAUAAAUUACAAGAGAGUGACUUUGGGACUUACUGUUACAAACUCACCACUUUCCCAAAUGGGAGUCUUCAAGGACAAAAUAAGCUAGAGAAAACAACAGAAAAUGGUGAUGUGCCCAUCACGAUAAUCUCCGUGGGUUGCAGCAUAGGUUUAAUAGUAUUAUGUGGAAUCAUCGUUGGAGUGGUCUGCUGUAAGAAGAGGAAAAGCAACACUGCGUUGCAUACUGGAGGACCUCCUGGCAGUCAGCCCUCCGUGCGGCUGAAAAAUAAGAAGCGACCCAAGCGCAUACGCUCACAGAAUGAAGAAGGGGUGGAGAAUGAAGACUUCAAUUACCUGAAUAUUAAUUAACCUACACACUAUGUCUAUAAUGGAUAUUACUGUGGAUAAUUUUUUACAAUUGACUGUUUUAAUGACAAAAAAGAAGUCAGUCCAAUUUGGAACAAUAAUCCCACGUGGACUGUAUAUGCACUCAUAAGCUUUUCUUCCUAGCUUUUAAAUAGACUUUAGUUCAGUCUUAUUUUGUAUUCAUUUUUAUCUUGUAAUAUACAACUUUUUUUUUUUGUCUGUGGCAGUAAACAUGUUGUCUCUUU